CCGACGGCAGCCAACGCAAGACCCAUCUGGAACUAUUUGAGAGACGGACUGACAGCGAACAGGAAGUUGACGUUGGUGGAGGGAAAUUUGAGAGACGCGUGUUCGACGGUUAGCGUCGAACUUGUCGCCUUAUGUCAAUAUUUAUUAUUGUCUUCUUUAUCGGUAUAAUAUAAAUUAAUAAAAUGGAACAAAAUACUGACAUUGAAACGACACCAAAGGGCUUUCACUGUAUUCUGUGCAACGUCAAUUUGCCAAACGUACCCAGCCUGGAUCAACAUGUGAAGGGACGCAAACACCAGACCCUACGCUCCGUGAGGAGCACAAGGAAGACUCAGGAGGAGCACAGUGUGUUCGUCAGUGGCAUCAAACCUGAAGUCUCUCAGUCUGAGCUGACUGGGUACUUUGAGCAGUUUGGAAUGGUCUCGGAUGUUAUCAUGGAUAAGGACAAGGGUGUGUAUGCCAUCGUACAGUUUAGUGAGACAGAAGGCGUACAGGCCACCCUGGCCUGUAUGGAACACCAAAUGAAGGGCUUGAAGCUGAGAGUCAAACCCAGAGAGAAGAAAGAGUUCAAGUUAAUUCCUAAGAAGAAAGGUGACUCAGAGAAACUCCAGCAAGUUCUUAACCGUCUCAGACCGGAACUCUGUCAGCUGCCAUCUGUGGAUGCACAGAUGCAGUUUGUUGUGGAGCGAUUUCAGCUGUCAGUGAAUGAAAAGAAGGCUCGAGAUUUACUGGUUCAACUGUUGCAAGAGGUUUUUGUUGAGUUUUUUCCUGACAGUCAAAUUCUGCCUUUCGGUUCAUCUGUCAACACGUUUGGCAUUCAUUCCUGCGACCUGGACCUGUUUUUGGACCUGGAAAAUACUAAGAUGUUCCAGGCCCGUGCCAAAACCGCCACAGAACGGCCCACAGAGGGCAUGUCAGACGACGGCCGUUCUGAAGACUCUAUUCUCUCUGACAUCGACUUAGCCACAGCGUCUCCAGCCGAGGUCCUGGACCUGGUGGCAAUGAUUCUGAAGCGGUGUGUUCCCGGUGUGCACAAAGUAAAUGUGGUCAGCAGCGCUCGACUUCCUGUGGUUAAGUUUCAUUACAAGGAGCUGAAUCUUCAGGGAGACAUCACCAUUAACAACAGACUGGCAGUCAGGAACACGCGCUUCCUCCAGCUCUGUUCAGGGGUGGAGGAAAGGCUGCGACCUUUGGUGUACACCAUCCGUUACUGGGCCAAGCAGAAACAACUGGCUGGUAACCCCAGUGGAUCUGGCCCCCUCCUCAAUAACUACGCUCUGACGCUGCUGGUCAUCUUUUACCUGCAGAACUGUGAACCUGCUGUCCUCCCUACAGUGGACCAACUCAAAGACAUGGCCUGUGAGGAGGAAGAGUGUGUGGUCGAUGGCUGGGACUGCACCUUUCCUACUCAAGCUAUAGCAGUUCCCCCCAGCAAAAAUCCACAGAACCUCUGCACGCUGCUCUCCGGCUUCUUCUCCUUCUACGCUACAUUUGACUUUGCAGGUAGGGUCUUAUCUCUAAGAGAGGGAUGUUCACACCCUAUUACAGAUUUUCUCAACCAAAACAAAGGGGAUGCAGCCGAGCAAGAGGAACCACCCAACAAAGUUCCUCUUCACCGUCCCAGACUGGGCCCUUUAAAUGUCUUGGAUCCUUUUGAACUCUGCCAUAACGUAGCUGGGAACCUGAACGAACGCUCGCAGCGUUCCUUCCAGAAGGAGUGCCAGGAGGCUGAGAAGUACUGCCGCAGCCUACAGUACCAGCACAAAUCCACCAAAGGGAAGUCGUGGGGCCUUUUGCGCUUAUUCACCCCCCAAGGGGAUGUUUCACACUCUAAAGCAGAGACACUGACCAUUAAAAUUCCUUUUAAAUCAGCAUCACUCCCUGAAAACCUGCGCAGUCAGCUGCAUGCUGCUGGAGACAGUUUUCGGUUGCUCUGGUUUCGGAAAGUUUGUGCUGCUGUGGAGGGAGUUCUCCAAAACGUCCUUAGGUGUCAGAUUACACCGUUCUUAGCUGUCAGCAUUGGUGAUGAACAGGCUGUUAAGGCCUCUGAGGAGAUGGAAACUACAACGUCUUCACUCAACACUUCACUGAACGACAGCUACAGCAGUGUUGAAGCCCAGGAGGAAACUGUAGCGGUCGUCGGCAUCAAGAGGCCGCUGUCCACUGAUGACGAUGACGCUUCUAUGUCACCUCAGGACAAAAGACCAAGGCUGUCCAGAAGGACAAAACCCAACCUCCCCUACUGGACCUGUGUGCAGAAGCACGUGGUGUGGGUCGGCAGGAGGAAAGUGAGGAAGGAGCUGAGUCGAGGCGCUGACUCGCGGCCGGAGGGCAGCUGUAUGGAGGUGGAGACUCAGGUCACAGCUCGCAUUGUGGAGAAGGAGCCAGAGCUGGAGGAGCCUCUGGAGUUUAAGGUCCAGCCUCAGAUGAUAGGUGAGACAGAGAGCACCAAAGCUGUUCUCAACCUGGAGCCCACCAACGACAAGACAGGAGUUUUCCAGGACUUCUUCCACUUCCUGGAGGCCUUUCUUCCUAAAAUGGUGGACACGCUGCUGCAGAAAGACACAAGUGAAAUUUAAAUGAAGGCCUGGUUUUCAAGUGUUAGACUGUGAUGAGUUUUUCUUUAUAGUUUCUACCCACAGUUCAUAGCUGCUUUGAUCAUGAGAACAUGACAAGACACCUGUGUGACAGGACUAGUCUUAUGUCCUAUUGUAUUAAUGUGCAGUUAAUUUUAAGUUUAAGUGUUUUUCUUAUGCUGGAGACUCUUCCGUUUUAUGUAAUAUUUGUUUGAGGAUAAUACAUACCAGGCCAUGUGUAAUGUUUAUGUUUGAGAUGUGAAAUUUCAGUUAAACACGAAGUGCUGAAGAGAGAGUGCAGUGAAAAAAUCUUCAAUGACAUUGAGUGGUUGUGAUGUCUUUUUCUUUGUCAUUGAUUCGUACAUACCGUUAGGACAGACAUCAUAGAGCACUAAACUCCUGCUCUGAUUUGACAAUUCUUUUCAAACAUUAUCUUUGCACUCCUAGAAUCCAUCUGUUGUUAACAUACCCUAGUUUUAGCUUUACCUUAAAGAAACAAAAAAUAACGUAUCAAAAAAACAUACUGCUGGAAGUUACAGCCAUUGAUGUUCUUGGCUGGAUGUAGGAGCAUAUAUUCUACUCAUUAGAUUUUUUUCUGCCUGCAGCUUCAUCUUCUCUCCUGUAAUUGUCAAUUUACUUGACUUUACAUUAUUGAUGUUUUACAGCAGACCUCUUGACCAAUAAGCUGCAGUCUGAUCUACAUCUAUAUGGGGAUUCCUUUACUUUUGAUUCUUUCUUACUUACAUACUUUUGAGGCCCAUUUUUCAAGCGCACCAUUGAUGCUCUUUACUUCAGUUAUGUGUGUCUUCUGCUGCCAGGAAUGUUGGCUCCGAGUGUAGGUUUCAUACAGUCCAGUGUUGGCUGUUAGGACUGAGACAGAUGAGUGUAAUUACUGGGUCGGGCAGAGCGCUUUAUUACAGAUAGACGAGCCGGUGCUGGGGGGAUGCACUGGGCUCCCAUGAUUAACAGCAUUCAUCUCACUCUUAAAGGGAAAUGCAGAUGGCCAGCAGGUUAGACAGGGAUAUCAGUGGGAUGAUGAUGUUUGCACCAUCCUGCUGCAGUUGGUGUGUAAUGUUUGCUUAUUACAACUAAUUUAUUUUCUGGACCUUUUACCUUUAAAAUAUUGUUCACCAUGAGUUCUGUAAUUCAGUUUGAUCCCAAUUCCUGUUUUUUUAUUGGAUUAGUCAAAGUCUUUGCCAGUAUCAUUAGCAUAUAAACCUGUGGGAACCUUGUUUUUAUUUGUUUUUGUGUAUGUUUUUUUAGUUUAAAUAGUUUAAAUAACGAUCAGCCUUUAUUCUUCUCCUUUCUUUUCAGGCCACUCCAAACAUAUUGCUUUUUACCAAGAUUCUUCUCCUGUAUGGGUUCACUCUCCACACAGGCCUUUAAGCCACAAAGUCAAAAUGAUGGAUAAUAAAACUGUAGGCUGUGUUUCCUGCUGGUGAGAAACAAAGAGAAAAAAGAAAAACGGAUUUUCGACAGCUUUCUCAUCAUCUAGAAAUUGAAUCCAGUGUAAAAUCUUUGUAAAGAUUCUCAGCAGCAACUGUGUCGAUGGACAAACACUUCAACUGUAUGUUGUUCAUUUGCCCUUAAUGAUUAAGAAUUGAUUUUUUUAGUGGCCUUUGCUAUGCACAGAGAUCGUUCAUGAAGCCACUUCUUCGUUCAGAGAUGAAGAACCACAAGAAACACAGUGUUCUGUGUAAUUAACAUCCAAUGGGAGAAGAUCCAGGGUCAUUCCCCAGGGAGCCUCAGGUCAUAACAGGCAGCAUUAGCUGUUUGCGCUGUAAUGUGCUGAUUCACAUAUUCACCAAAGUCCCAUGGUUGGCCCUGGUUUUCUUUGUGUUCCCUAUCAAGAGUACAACAAUGAACUGACACUUUUGGCCCCUUUCAGGACCAGUUAUGCCCAUGAGGUGUUCUGCAGAGGGCAGUGAGCAGCCAUCAAAGACCCCAUUUUGUCCCCUGAGCUGUGUAAACAGACUUUGCUGCAUGAAAAGCACUCUGUUCAUAUUAGCAAGGCUCCCCUACUCUGGAGAUAAGGCUAAGUAAAAAGGCAUCAUCAUUUCCCCCCUUUCUGUCUGUGAUGACAGGAAGCAGUUAGACGCUCUCCCAGGAGAUUGCUCUUAUACCAGACUGGACGUUAAUCUGUGUGUGUGUGUGUGUGAAAUCAUUGCUUUUAUAUUUGGUAAAAGGCUGCUUUAUGUGUGUUGUAAAUGUUGGGAUGGAGGUAGAUGUGGUUUGGGAGCUGAGCUUUUAGGGCUGCGUUUAAAGUGUUCAGGUACAGUAAGUACAUUUUCAGGACCUGCCAUUUCUAAAACAUCCACCGCCUUCAUCAGCAGCAGCCACGGCGUUGGUCGUACUUAAAAAUCAAAUUAUGCUGAAAGGAAAAAGUUUAGAGAUUCUGUGAACACCUGCAGGUCUUAACAACUCCUCCUGGUGACACCUCCUGCGUUCUCUUUUCUGCAGGAGCUCAAACUGCAGUUGUGGAGAGCAUUGGCUGGGAUUUAUUGGACUGUAAAGAAUGUCUGCUCUUUGUGUCUUUAUCUGGAGGCUGUUACUUUCUGGGUGCUUGCCCACAAACACCGGACCACGUUAAUGAGUGCGUCUGGUGCACGUUGUUGUUUCUUGCUAUUGACUUUUAUGGCCUGACAAGCAGGUGGAUUAGUGGAGUAGAACUAACAGAAUGUUCAGAGCAGCCACCAUGAGCUCCUGAUAAUGUGUGAUUAGAACACAGGAUCCUCAAAUUCAAGGCAAUUUCUUCCAUCUAAGUGCAAUAUUUCUGCAAUUUCCCCAUCUGCAACCCAAAGCUUUUGGUCGUCAAAACUGUUGUAGUCCAAUUUUAUGUUAUUUUGCAUCUCUUUGGACAUUUUUGCAAGUCUGCAUGCUAAUCAUCCGUCAAUAUCAGUUUGAGUUAUGACACAAUAAUUGCUCAGAAAUGGACAGUGUAAUCUCGGUGUAAUGCCACAAAGUCAUAUAUACUUUAACUGCCUGUUCACUGUCAGAAGCAGCAGCAGCAGCAGCAUCUUUACUGUCGGUGUGGAUUUAUGUUCAAAUCAAGUCUCUGACAGGGAUUUGAUCACAGAGAAGCAACCAUUUUUUAUGUGUCUAUGUGGUACAUACAUGAUGUUCCCAUGGAGAGCAACAGGGAACUAAGUAGAUGAGGUGAUUAAAGGCUUUGUGGUAAAGAAUUUCUUUUCUUCUAAAAAUUGUGAUUAACUUAACAAUUGUUACAAUGACAAAAUCUAAGUCAAUUGUCCUUAAACAGUAGCUGUUCCUUGGCGUUUUAGCCUGUGGAAGACCUGCAGUUGGAGGAUGCUGCUUUUUUUUGUUUGUUUUGACAUGUAACUAUAUAAAUUAGGAUGUUUAUUGACGCUUUACUUUAUUUCUUUCUUUACCAAAUCACAUUUCAGAGGCAAUUUCCUGCUACUUUCUGACCACGGUUUGACUCAUGCUUUACUGCCAUUUAUCAAACUUCAAUCUUCAACCUCACACAUUUUAAAAAGCUGUGAGUAAAACAAAAUCUUGACAUAAAAACAACUUAAGCCUCUGCAUGAAGAAACCAAACGUAUUCUACUAAGUAACAAAUCUAAUCUAAUAAACUAAUCUUGUUUUAGUAGU